GACGUUUCCCGCCGGCGGGAGCUGGGGUUGUGACGGCGUGGGGAGCCUAGAGGCUGCGGGGCCCAGCGCCGCAGCACCAUGGCGGACCAGCUUUAUCUGGAAAAUAUAGACGAGUUCGUCAUGGACCAGAACAAGAUUGUGACAUACAAAUGGCUGAGCUAUACACUAGGAGUUCAUGUUAACCAGGCCAAACAGAUGCUGUAUGAUUAUGUUGAAAGGAAGCGAAAGGAAAAUUCAGGAGCCCAACUGCAUGUCACCUAUUUAGUGUCUGGAAGUCUUGUUCAGAAUGGACAUUUGUGCCACAAGGUUGCAGUAGUGAGAGAAGAUAAAUUGGAAGCAGUGAAGUCCAAGCUAGCUGUGACUGCCAGCGUCCAUGUGUACAGCAUCCAGAAAGCCAUGCUAAAGGACAGUGGGCCUCUGUUCAAUACCGACUAUGACAUCCUUAAAAGCAACUUGCAGAACUGCAGCAAGUUUAGUGCCAUACAGUGUGCAGCUGCAGUCCCUAGAGCUCCUGCUGAAACCUCAUCUGAAAAAUUUGAGCAGUCAAAUCUUCAGGUAUCAAGUGAGACACAAGCCAAUAAUGAGUUGACCACCAAUGGUCAUGGCCCACCUACCUCCAAACAGAUUUCCCAUCAACCUAAAGGAAUUAUGGGAAUGUUUGCCUCUAAAGCUGCUUCUAAAACCCAAGAUACCAACAAAGAAACCAAAACAGAAGCUAAAGAGGUAACAAAUGCAUCUUCAGCAGGCAACAAGCCACCAGGGAAAGGGAAUGUGAUGAGCAAUUUUUUUGGAAAAGCUGCUAUGAAUAAACUAAAAGUCAGUUUGGAUUCAGAACAAGCAGUGAAAGAAGAAAAAGGAGUGGAACAACCUCCACUCUCUGUCACAGAACCAAAGCUGGCAGCCCCUACAGGCCUGAAGAAAUCCAGCAAAAAAGCAGAGCCUGUUAAGAUGCAGCAAAAGGAGAAAAAAAGGGGGAAGCGAGUGGAGUUCUCUGAUGAUGAGACAAAAGAAACUGUGAACAUGAAGAAAAAGAGAAGACUCAAAUUUCCUGAGUCUGAUAGCAGUGAAGAUGAAGUCAUACCAGAUUCUCCUGGGGUUUAUGAAGCUGAGUCACCAUCCCCACCUCCUCCUGCAUCUCCACCUCCUGAACCAGUGCCGGAGACUGAACCAGAGCCUCCUUCUGUCCAGAGCUUAAGUGGAGAAAAUAAAAGAAAACGAAAGCGUGUGCUGAAAUCUAAAACCUAUGUGGAUGAUGAAGGCUGCAUAGUGACUGAAAAAGUCUACGAGAGUGAAUCCUGCACAGAUAGUGAAGAAGAACUUAAGAUGAAGACAUCUUCUAUGCACAGACCCCCAGCAAUGACUGUAAAGAAAGAGCCCAAAGAGGAACGAAAGGGCCCCAAGAAAGGGGCUGCUGCCCUGGGCAAAGCCAAUAGACAAGUGUCCAUUACUGGCUUCUUCCAGAGGAAAUGAACUGCCAUCUCUGUUAGGUCAGAGGUGUGGAGUGGUCGGGGAGAAGACCAAGACAUACAGACUCUCACUUACUGUGUAAGUUCAUCCAGCGCCUCACCUCACCUAUGUCAGAAGACUGUUCUUCCACCUUGAAAGGUUUAUACCACUGGUUUUUAACCAAAAAGAAAUCACCUGGGAGCAUGAGGCAAAAGAAUAUUUAAAAAGCUGUUACCUUCUAAUGACAUUUUUAAAGCACAAUCUUUGAUGUGUCCAGGAGAAGAAUUUACUCCGAAAAAAAACCAAAAAACUUUUGAACGGGUUUCAGAAUUAUCGCUGGAGCCGUUGAGUGGCUAACCCACGCACCCUGCCUGCCCACAGCGGACCUGCCUAUGCCCCGGGGUGCUCUUCCUUGUCCCUUUGUAUUCUGUGGGCUUGUGCUGGUCUUUUUUUAUCCCUGAAUUUCACUGGAUGUGUUUACCACUCCCCCUUAUCAUCCCUUCCCCAUUAACACCAUUCUGUGUGAAGCCGUUUUCUGUAAGUCUUUCAAAUCUUGGUUGGACUAAGGCUGAAACAAAAAUCUCCCUGUAAUCCUCUUUUCCUCCAUUAUAAAGAACACUGACGCCCGACCACAUACCAGCACAUGACUUGUGUUUUACCCCUUUCACAGAAGUUCUCUAGACCUUCACUCGCAAUUAGUGGUUAGGGAAAAGUCUCAGGUGGAGCGCAAAUAGAAAUAUAAUGAUGUAUUCACUCCACCAGAAAUUACUUCGAGUCAGCAUUGACAGUAUUAGAGGGCUUGUCAUGUUGCUGACACAGGGUGUGCUGUACACUGCUCUUUGUGAUUUCUGUCUCCUCCCUUUUCUCCCUUUCCCCUUGUCAGUACCUAGAGAGUAAAACCCAUACAAUGAAAUGAAUGCUAAAAAGAGAAAUCUUUUCCUACAUACAUUAUGUAACAGUUAAGUAAAAUUUCUUCUUAAGGAAACUGAAUGUUUAGAAACAACAAUUUUCUAAGAAGGUCAUGAGGAAAAGAUAAAAGCACACAUUUACAAUACAGAUGUUGCGCCUCUGUAUUUUUAACCCUUCCAUUUGCCUAAAAGUACAGGCUCCCUAGGGAGAAAUGGAGAGACUGAGUUGUUAAUAGGUCUAAACUGCUAUUAAAUAUGUUCAUUUGUUACUUAAGGAAACUCAUCUAUUCCAGUGAUAAUUUUUAAGCAACUUCCAUUAUGGCUGGACAAUGAGCUCAAUGGAUGGAGGUGGUGUGGCAGCAGUCUGCACAGUGAGCUCUGGGGAAAGGAGCACAGGCUUGGCUGCUGGUGUGAUUCACUAUGAACAGACAAGGGAUGUCUGACUUCUUUCCAUCUUAGCCUGGUGUAUGUCCUGAGUGAUACAGUCAGCCAUCUACUGUCUAAAGUUAGUAUUGUGACGGACUUUGGAUUGAGAGCAGCUGCUUGAGCAGCUGUCACCUACGGCUCUCUAGCCAGGCACCCAUGGACUUGAUUAAGCCCAGAGGUUUGGGGGAUGAGUGCUGGCAUUACAUCUAGGACUUGUAAAGGCAGAGGCUUUGUGUAGCAAGCUGAGUAAAGGUUGACAUAUUCCAAACCCCUUUCUUUUUUAAAUCUAAAAGGAUGGAGAAAAAUAUGGAAAGCCUGGACUUGCACUAUUACAAAAUUUCUGGAGAGGAAUCCCUUUUAAGUGAUUAUUUUUGUCACUGCCUCUAGUCAUUUUUCUAAAUUGAAAUGAAAAAUUAAAGAAAAAAAAUCAACUCAGUCUUUUUUUUUUUUUUUUAAUUACUAUGCUGAGAUCUUUAGUAAACUAAAUUUUGGAUUGGAAACCUCUGGUGCUGGUUGAAAGGAAAAUGCAGAUUCUGUGAUAGUGAUCCUGUGGUUGCUAUGUCCAAUAUGCUGCCUAAUCUCUGAGUUGUCUGCAGGAUUUAGUAAGUGGUGGCUUUUUCCUUCCCUUUUUACACAAAACUCGACCAUAUUAUCCCAUGACUUAAAUAAAUUUGAGAAGUUGUUUUAAAAUAGUUCUUCAAA